GUAAAUCCGCCGAAAACGCCGCCAUCCGACGACCCGGUUCGAAGCGCACAUCUCCGGGGCAAAGACGCCGGGGCUCAGCAGAGAGGAAUCAGUGGCGGAGGAGGAGAGAGUAACCGCUGCGCUGGAUGGUGGGGAUGAUGAUGAUGAUGAUGAUGAUGCCAGCAAAGGCUUGAUGUUCGCCUACACGCCCCGCUGAUAACACACGGACUGUCGGAGCUGGUGGCAGUUGUGGUGGUGGUGAGGAUUAUCCAGGAGGCUGCAGAGAAGGAGGGGGGAGGCAGCAACGAGCAUCAUCCGGAGAGGACGGUUUUUUAAGGGCGGCUAGGCGACGAUAAAACAGUGACAAAUUUUUCGGAAAUAUAAGCAAAAGCCGGUAAUAUAUAUACACACACGUAAAAAUCUCGACAAGGACUUUCCCGUUGGGGGGCUGCGCUUAUUUAGCCUGUAACUAUCAAAAGAUAGUGGCCUACUGGGAAGAAAGUCAGCUCAUGAUUGUUCCAGAAACACAUGCACGUCCAGCGGUGCUGAAUCAGACACUUCCAGCUGUUAUGCAACUCCAAUCAAUUGCCAUUCUUUAGGAAGUGUGCCACCGUUUCUCUCCGGCGCUGUGCGGCCGUGGUGGUCUUCGAGGGUUCGGCUGGGAUUACUGAGGCUGCUCGCUCAUUUCAGUGAGUGUGAGUGUGUGUGUGUGCGUGUUGGGGGGGUAGGACCAUAUCGGACGCUUGGUAAUCGAGCUCGGAGGACAGAAGAUGUCGGGGCAGACGCUAACGGACCGCAUCGCCGCGGCUCAGUACACCCUGACGGGGUCCGAGGUGUCCCGAGCUGUGUGUAAAGCCACCACACAUGAGCAGACAGCUCCAAAGAAAAAGCACCUGGAAUACCUGAUCCAGGCCACACAGGACACCAAUGUGAACGUCCCCCAGAUGGCCGACACGCUGAUGGAGAGGGCCGGCAACGCAAGCUGGGUGGUGGUUUUUAAAGCCCUGAUCACCACACACCACAUGAUGGUGCAUGGGAAUGAGAGAUUCCUCCAGUUCCUGGCAUCUAGAAACACCUUGUUCAACCUCAGCAAUUUCCUGGACAAAACUGGCUCCCACGGCUACGACAUGUCCACAUUUAUCAGACGCUACAGCCGCUAUCUCAACGAGAAAGCCUUUGCCUACAGACAGAUGUCCUUCGACUUUGGCAGAGUAAAGAAAGGAGCUGAGGGAGUGAUGAGGACCAUGUCAGUGGAGAAGCUGCUGAAAGGAAUGCCCAUCCUGCAGAGCCAGAUCGACGCACUGCUGGAUUUUGAGGUGCAUCCACAGGAGCUGAACAAUGGAGUGAUUAAUGCCUGCUUCCUCCUGCUCUUCAAAGAUCUGAUAAAGUUAUAUGCCUGCUACAAUGAUGGUAUCAUCAACCUGCUAGAAAAAUUUUUCCAGAUGAAGAGGAGCCAGUGUAAAGAUGGGCUCGAGAUCUACAAGAGAUUUCUUACACGAAUGACUCGGGUCUCUGAGUUCUUCAAAAUUGCUGAGCAAGUGGGAAUAGACAAAAAUGACAUACCAGAGCUCACUCAGGCCCCGGAAAGUCUUCUGGAGUCCCUGGAGACCCACCUCAACACUCUGGAGGGGAAGAAGCCGGAGGAUAAGUCACCAACUAAGGAGGCAACAGCCAACAACACCACGGCGGCUCCAGCUCCGGCUGCUGCUGCUGCUGCUGCGCCCCCCAAGCCCACUGCCCCCGCUCGUCCGGGGCCUCCUGCCAAACCCCCUCCACCUUCUGUCACCCCCACCGCACCAGCGCCCGCCGCUGCCAGCAAUGCCCUUGAUGACGGGUUCCUGUUGGAUCUAGACCCCAUGUCCUCUUCAUCAGCAGGGGGCGCUGCAGCUACUUCCUCCAUCACUGGAUGGGGAGAUCUCUUAGCUGAAGCAACUCCAGCUGCUACCGAUGGAGCCUCUGAAGCUCUCCUGGCAGACGGAGAGUCUGUCGAUGCUGACGCUGCAUCCACUGCCACCGCCGCUGCCGCCGCUGCUGCCCCCGUGGCUGCCGCGCCGACGCCUGCCGCCGCUGCCCCCGCUGCAGCUCCGGCACCCACCUCGCUGCCCAUCUCUGCUCCCGCCACCACCUCAGCCGCAGAAAUCGACCUUUUCGGAGAUGCCUUUGCACCUUCCCCAGGAGACGGUCCUGCCGCCGUGGCCGCGGGCCCUGCCGCUGAUGCGUUUGGUGGAUCUGACCCCUUUGCCACAACUGAGGGGAGCGCGGACAUUGCUCCAGGGCUGGACCUCUUUGCAAUGAGGCCCACCGACACGGGGGCCGCCGCCACCGCAGUCACCCCUCCAACCUCUAGCGAGGCGCCGACCAUCAUCGCCCCCAUCGCUGCCCCCGCUGCCCCAACCCCUUCUUCCACCACCACCACUACUACCACAACCACCACCGACACCACCACCACAGAGUCUGCAGCUGCUCCGACUCUAGAUAUCUUUGGUGAUAUGUUUGAUUCUAUGCCUGAGCAAAGCCCUACCACAGAAUCCAAAGCUGCUACCACUCCUAGCGUAGACCUUUUUGGUGCAGACCUUCCUGCUGUCUCGCGCGGGCCCUCUCCUUUGCCCGAGCCUGCUCCGGUUGGAGACAUCGUUACAGAUUCGUAUUCGACUCCGGCUCCCGCUCCAGCUCCUGCUCUUGCACCAGAAGCCUCGUCUCCACCUAAAGCAGAGCCAGAGCCGGUCAUUGACCUGUUGGACUCCUUCAGUGCUCCUGUGGAGGAAAAACCAAGCUCUGCUCCUGGAGGACCCGGAGACGAUCUGCUGGGAGGCCUGAUGUCACCCACCCUUACUCCUGCCGUAGCCCCUGCUCUGGCUCCAGCCUUGGCUCCAGCUUCUCUGCAGAACGACCUCUUGGAGUCGGGCCUUGAUGCUCUGGCCUCGCUUCCUUCCCCAACACCACCGGUACCAGCUGCAGUGGCAGCAGCCCCAUUAGUACCAGCUACAGCACCAGAAUCUACCACACUGGCGCCCUCUGGUGGCUUUGAUGCUUCAAUGUUUGGUGGAUUAGGCGACUUGUUGAUGCCUGCCGUAACGCCCCAGAGCACCGGGGGCAGCACUGCUGGAAGCACAGCUGGAAGCAUGGGCACUCCUGUCGCACCGGGAGGCAUUGCAGGCGCUCUGCCUGCCACCCCCCCUCCCGCCAAAACCAUCGGAGGAGAUCUGGACUCAUCGCUGGCCAACCUGAUUGGAGACCUUGGAGUAAAGAAAAAGGACCCGCAGAGUGAAAAGAAGUUGACUGGAGGGGCCAACUGGAUGCCACAGGUCGCCCCCACAAGCUGGGGUACGCCAGCCCCCAUGGCCGGUGCUGCCCCUGGAGCUCCAGGAGCACCAGUAGCAGGUCCACCUGGUGCAGCCAUGGUGCCACCAAUGAGUGCACAGCCUGGAUUUGGCAUGCCACCUGCAGGCGCUCCUAUGAUGCAACCCCUGAUCGGACAGCCUAUGAUGGGGCAGCCCAUGAUGAGACCUCCCUUCACUGGGGUGGUAGGAGCUGCACCCGGAGCCGCUGCCCCAGGAGCCCCGAUCUCUCCAGGACCUGCAAGCCAGAGCCCCAAGAAGCCUAAGGACCCUCUGGCAGAUCUCGACCUCAAGGACUUCUUAUAACGCCCCAGCUGCUUUCCUCUCUGGAUCAGAGCCCUCUCACUUUUUACCUGGCGCCUGUCAACAUCUCAGGACGCCGGCGACAUUCAGCUACCUUACAAGAGCCUCUUUUCUCCGCCCCGCCCUCCACGCCCUGCCCCUUUUCCCGCGUGACGUCGUAGCACAAACUGUGAAAGUGAACCAUAGCGGAUUAUAUCGAAAAUUAAAAAUGGAAAAAAAAAAAAGAUAUGAAUAAAUACAAGCGUGUGCUUUUGUCGAUGUACUUAUCUUUUGUUUAAACAAAAUCACACACACAAAAAAAAGUCCAGAAUAGUAGGUGAGAAAAUGAAGGCGUAUGUGUUUAGAUUUCUUUCUUGUUCUGAGUUGAAUGAUGGCUGUGCUUUGGUGUCCUAAGCUCCACCCACCACCCAUGUUUGUCUCCGCCUCCUCGCAAAGGGGGAGGGGCUCUUCUUUGUGCCACUCCGAUUGGGCAGGAGUGAUAAAUAAAUCCCCUCCCUCCUCCUCCUCCUCCUCCUCUAAAGUUUUUGGAGAAACAUGUUGCGUGUUGUUUACAAAAAAAAGGUCCUCUCUGAUGUACAUAGAUUUCUCUGGCGAGGAUUACGUCUCUAUUCUGUAUGUCUGUGGAAGAGAAAUAUAAAUGUGAACCAGACAUGAAAUUGUACGAAGUCGUGUGAGUAUCCUUCUAUUUCCCGUCAUGAUUUGAAAGUAUUUGGAAACAAUAUGACUGUGGCUAUAUGAUUAAUAUACUGUAUAUUAGGAACAACUUCUAUGGGCCUCUGAGUCAGUCCAGACCAGCAAGUGGUGAGCCUUUUUUUGUUCUUGUUUUUUUUGUUUUUUUUUUAACUUGUGGCUUACUUUUCUAUGUUGUCUUUUUGUUCUAUGUUAUUUACAGUAUGUGUUCUGUUUGUUUUAGAAGAAUCCUCAGACUGCUGUCGAUGCGUGCUGGCAUUGCUAGUAAAAUAACAUAUCUUACAACGUCCUUCCACAGAAAACAAACAAAAAAAAGGUGAAUUUAAGCUUUCCUUCAGUAUAACAGUUGAUGAUUCUGUGCUUUCAUUUUAACUGUGACCAGGUCCGAAUAGUUAUUGUGUGUUUGAUAAGACUGCCAUACCAAACUCUAUGUUCAGACAAGUCAAAUUAAAACGAUCUUAUGUCUGGUUUAAAUCCUGUUUGGAAUUAAACCUUUAAGACUUAAAGAACGCUUCUUUUCAUUUUUCAUCGUGACUUAAAAAAUCCAGUCUUUGAAGGCAGAGUUGUGAACAGAUUAAAGGUACACUGUGAAGUAAAAAAAAAAAGCCUGUUUACAGUCAAUAUUACUUACCAAAGAGCGCGGUAUGACACUGACACCUACCCAAUGCUAUAAAUGCUUAAAAUGAUCUAUCAAAACCUGCAUUGUUUACAAAGGAUAUAAAAUGAUUGCUCCUUAGCGCUACUACCUGUAGAAAAACUCCACAGAGUACCUUUAACGCACAUACUACAGUUUAUGACUACGUUUCCGCUGCUGUUGCACAAACGCUAAUCUAAAGAGACGGAUUGUGACAUUUAACAAGAUCCAGAUCUGAUUUCUGUCUGAACAUGGUGCUUGACUUCGUUUGAUCAUUGCCGACCAACGGCCAAUUGUUAGUGGAACAUCUGUAUAGAUGUAUGUGGCCACACGGGAGCCGAACCUCCUGGCCAUGAACUUGUCCCCCCUCCCCCUCCCCGACACGCCUCUUUACACAAAGCACUUCUGCUCCUGCUGACAUGCAGUGGAAUCGGUGUGAUCUAAGUGUUGACAUGGAUUUGGAGAGUCUAACGCCGGCCCCCUCUCCAGUGCUAAAGCUUACUCGGUGUGUGUUGUCAUUUUAGUGGAUUGGUUGAGAGAAAAAUCACAUCUGACUCUGAGAAAAUAAUGGGAGAUUAUUAACAUUUUCCAUGACUGAAUUAUUAAAAUUGUAUUUUUCUUUAGUUGUAAAUUUAUUUUAUUUACGAUGGCCCUCCCCAGUGCAUGUAAGCCCUUUUGAGAUGCAAUAAAUUCAAUGACGGAUUA